UGGCAUCUUUCAUCUUUGAUCUUUCAGUGUAUUGUAUUUUUAAUCACAAUUUGCAAAUCACAAUUCUUUGAACUUAACUAUGAUUUUCGCCAUUGGCUGUUAAUAUAAUAAUGAAGUAAUUAUCUAAAUGUGUACUAUAAAACGUAUUAAUUUCCUAUUUUCAUUUUAAUAGUUGAAAUUUAUAUAUAGUAGGGACAUAUAUUUUUAGUUUUUAUUAUGUCAGGUAGAAGAGAUAGGUCACGGUCACCGAAUAGGAUAAGUCAUAGCAGUCGCAACAAAGAUAGUAAUCAGGAUGUAAAGAGUGUGGAUAUGUCGAAUGUUAUGAAUCCCAUGUUGAUGCCAAAUAUGUAUACGCAAGGUAACAUGAUGAUGGGUGGUAUGUUCAAUAUGAUGAUGCCAAAUGCUAUGAUGGCAGGGAGUAUGAUGCCUACAACUGGAAUGGAGAUGAUGACCAAUGCAGGAAUGGAAAUGAUGCCCCAGCAAACUAUAGAUAUGCAGGCUAUGGCAGCACCAGCUAUUAGUAACACUGCUACAAAUAUGGAUAUAAGCAUGAUUGGUGGAGUCAUGAUGGAUCCCACAAUGAUGGCCAUGUAUCCAAAUAUGACUCAGGAAACUUUACAGGAGAAGAAAGAAAUUACCCUUAAACAUUGUAAGUUAACACCACCUGAACCUGGUGCUCCACAACCGCCUAAGAGAGCUCGACCUCCGGGAUGCCGAACUAUAUUUGUUGGUGGGCUACCAGACAAAAUACGAGAAAGUACAGUAAGGGAUAUAUUUGAGCGCUAUGGUCGUAUUCAGAUAUUACGUUUGUCAAAGAAAAACUUUUGCCACAUUCGUUUUGAUAGAGAAAGUUGUGUAGAUGCAGCAAUGGUUAUAUCUGGUUAUCGCAUCAAGUUACUAAGUAAGGAUAAAGAUGAUAAGGAAGAUGAUGAUGAGUCUCAUGCAACAAACGGAUGGCUACAUGUUGAUUAUGCAUUGAGCAGAGAUGAUCAGAAUGAAUAUGAAAGACGUCAGCGUCAGGCUCUUAGGAUGCAGCAGCAGCAAAUGCAACAGCUAACUGCACAACAAGAAGCACUUGCUAAUAGUCGUACUAUUAACUAUCCUCGCUCACCAUCCCCAGUGAGGAUUCAGCCAUUUUCAAAUGCAGCUAUCAUGCAGUUGGCAGAGAAAAUUAAAAGUGAAGAACAAUUCUCUGGAACUUUACCAACACUAGUCUCCUGGCUGGAACGCGGUGAAUGCUCAAAGAAAAAUUCAAAUCAGUUCUACUCAAUGUUGCAAGCUACAAAUUCACAUAUUCGUCGGCUUUUCAAUGAGAAAAUGCAGGCUGAGGAAGAACUCUCGGAGUGCAAAGAAAGGGUUAAGAAUCACAUACAACUUGUCAUUGAACAACUCGAACAGGUGGCGAAAGUGUUUAACGCGGCCACUCACCAGCGCGUGUGGGACCAUUUCACGAAACCACAACGUAAAAACAUCGAGACCUGGCAAAAAAUGACACAGGAGUUUCAUGCUCUUAAAGAGGAAUUUAAUGAGAAAUUCUAUGGAGAUGAAAAUGAGUAUAACGGAUUUUCAAACAGAAAUGCCUAUCCUGAAAUUGCCAAUGAAGAAGUACAACAACUUAAGAAAGAAAACGAAAGUAUGCAGUUCCAACUAGAGGCAUACAAAAAUGAAGUAGAUGUAAUAAAAGCCGAUGCACAAAAAGAAAUGGAGAAGUUUAAAGCACAAUUUAUUGCGAGACAAGCUUUGAAAGGAUCCUUUGAGAAAAAUCCGCCUCUACCAUCGCCAGUGGUAAAACCGCCUCCACCGCCACCACUACCUGAUGAUGUGGAGGCUAAAAUAAUAUCGGACGUUGAAGCAGAUUGCGGCGAAGCGAAACUAAUUGGUGUUAUGUCAGCCUUUUUGCAGGUACAUCCACAAGGUGCAAGUCUAGACUACGUGGUAUCGUACGUACGAGCGAUGUUCCCGCAAAUAACUCAAGCGACGAUCCAUAACGUUCUACAGAAAAAUGUCACUUAG